CGGCGGGGCUGCCUGCCGGCUGGGCUGCGGAGGGCGGGGCAGCCGGGGGGAGCCCCCCUAGGGGACCCAGCUCUCCUGGGGCUGGCACAAAGCUGGCCAGGUUCUCCAGCCAUGCCACCUUAUCCAUGACUGGCAAGAGCCAGAGCCUGGAUCUGGAGUACCACAAUGAACCUGAGACUAGAAGAGUUUCCAGUUCUACCAUAGUUGAAAACGGACAGUCCUUGACAGGACAGGCAAAAGUCGCUGAGGAAGUGACUGCUUCCCUCCACAUGUCAAACUCUUCUCCUGAAGCACAUGCCCCUGCAGUAACCUUACGGAUGCCCCACCUCCCUGUUACUGCAAUAACAAGAGUGUCAGAAAAGUUUUCUGGAGAAACCUCCUCUAUCUUAUCAGGAACUAGUAAUGCUACCAGUGGCCUGACAGGGCAGAGCAGGAGCCAGAAUGAGGCUGUGAUGAAAACUUCCAACCAAUCAGUGACUGCUAUGAAGACCUGGAAUUCAAGUUCUGUGAGAACAGUGGGCACAUCCGUCUCUGCUGAGAAAAGCACAUCUGUCACAAAGUGUAUGUCAGCUGCAAGCUAUGGACUGACUAGUGGAACCAAAGCUAGUGAAAGCAGCACUGCUGACAGUUUCCAUGAUGUGCCACCCAAAUCCCGGUCUCCGCCACAUCGUCAAGUGGAAAGGAGGCGAGAACUGGUGCGGUCUCAGACGCUGCCACGCACUUCAGGAACGCAGGCCAGGAAAGCUCUCUUCGAGAAAUUUGAGCAGGACAGUGGGAAAGGAAAAGGAGAGUCCAAAGCAAAGCUGAAGAGGUCACAGAGUUUUGGGGUUGCCAGCGCAAGCAGUAUUAAGCAGAUUCUCCUGGACUGGUGUCGCUCCAAAACCAUAGGAUACAAGCACCUUGAUCUACAGAACUUCUCCUCGAGUUGGAGUGACGGGAUGGCAUUUUGUGCCCUGGUGCAUUCUUUCUUCCCCGAAGCCUUCGACUAUAAUGCGCUUGACCCCACUAAUCGCAAGCAGAACUUUGAGCUGGCUUUCACCAUGGCUGAGAAACUGGCACACUGCGACCGCCUGAUAGAAGUGGACGACAUGAUGGUGAUGGGCCGCAAGCCAGAUCCCAUGUGUGUUUUCACCUACGUACAGUCUCUAUACAAUCAUCUGCGUCGCUUUGAAUAACCCCCAAGAAAGUUUGAAUACAACCCCAUACUGAGACGACUGGUGUUUUCUCAAUGAAAAAAGAGUGAGGUUUUGAGAAUAGAGCGCAGCCUUUAUAUUCACUCGGAAAUUUGUUACUGUCCCGUGCUUGCAUUCAGCUGUGUCACUGCUUACACUGUUGCCAAGCAGGGCCCUAAAAUGUCGAUCACAGUAAUGGACCAGUAAAAUACAAAAAAAAAAAAAAACAUAGGGAAAGGCAGAAAUCAUCGUUUUGGUGCUAGUAAUAAGUUGUUUUAAAUACAGUUGUGUUAAAAGAUCGAAGAAAGCUAAAUUGUAAGUCUCCUUCUAGUCAGUUUGCAUGUUACAAGAAUCUAUGCUUCAAAGGCAUUCUCUCCUACCACUGUUCAAGCCACAAAGGAUACUGUACAUGUGUUUUCUACCCCUCUAGCCAGCAUAACACCCAAGAAACAGAUGGCAGCUUACAUUAAGACUUUACAAAGGAAGGCAGCCUUUGUUCUAGUGAAUGCAAGUUAUUUGACUGCCACUAUUGCAAUAUCACUGCCCAUGGGCAAAUAUGUAUGUGUGUGUGUGUGUGUGUGCGCGCGUGCGUGCAACAUAACUGCUGGUGGGGGCUCUUACAUAUCAGUGGCCCAUUUGGGGACUGAAACCACAGCACCAAAAUACAGGCCUCUGCCACUUACUUAAACUAAAAAAAAGUUACACAGUUCACCUGCAGCAGUAGUGGGCUUUUAUCUGUAUCAGCCACACCCACUUAGUAUCUAAGCUCAAAUCCCCAUAUUGGCUAUUACUGUGUAAUAAACUCCACCAGUGUGUGCUAGUGGGGGUCAAAGCUAAAAUUGUUUGCUAAAGUGGUUGGUUGAUACUGGUGCUGCAGGUCCUGGCUUAAGGCCUAGCUAAGGAGGCAAGGCAGGCAUGGGGUUGUUGCUUUUAUGCAGCAUUUGUUUAUAAAUUUGAUGCUCACAGAGUAGCAGUGGUCCUCUUAAACAGGUAUAGCACAGGCAAUAGAAGAAGCUGCCCAGGAACAUGCUUCAACCCUAGCCCCAGGAGAAAGUAGCUCUGAGAUGAGAGAAUAAUGUGACUGAACACCCGGUUCCAUUCUAUCCUGGGCCUCUCUGCUCGGGGGCCUACUAAGAUGCCACUAAAUUUAAAAGAUCUGGGAGUUUUGGAAUACCUUGAAUUAUUUCUGAUAAACUAGAAUACUUUCUGAGUAACUCCAUUUACUUCAGUGGUGUUAUUCCAAGCUUACACCUAUGAAAAAGAGAUCAGAUUCUACCCUCUGGCUUCACUAGAAAGGCAGCUUUGGUUUUGCAAUGAAUGUAAAAUACUGAAGUCUCCCUCCCCAAAACAAAUGAAUAGACAGUAACAACUACUAGGCAAAUAGAUUGAUCCUGCUAAAGAAUGUUUUUUUUUUUACCUGCAUCUGUUUGUGGUCCUCACAGCUAUUUAUAAAAAUGACUUUGGUUCUGUAUUGAUGACCAUUUAUAAUAAAAUAUAUGUCAAACUCC